UGCUAUAAUAUAGCACCACAGUGGCUAGUUGGUGUGGACUUUUAACUGACUUUUUUUUAAUAACAAGUGUAGGCCUAAGGACUUCAUUUUGAUAUAGAAGUUUGCUACGCUGGUUUUAUUUAUUUAUAUUGAAAACAAAAGCACCUAUUUCCUUCUUUGCUAUGUAGCUAGGUGACGUUUUUUGCCAGUCGGCAAUUAGGACGCGUCACUAACGUCCGAGAAAAACAUUGGAAAAGUUUCUAAACGUGUCGGAGUCCUUAGGCGAAACAGUCCGAUUUCGAGAGCAAAGCAGGAGUGUUAGUUAUUCAGGGCACUUCAUGAAGUUGUGAAGCUUGUGAAGAGGCAGGUUUCACUAUGACUGAGCGGACUCCUCUUCUCCACUACCGCCUCUCUACCAGCGUCAAUGAAUCCGAGCCGCGGUCACCUCCGCUCGGGCAGGCCGUGGUGCAGCACCAGGGCGGCCCCCGGCAGAAGUCUACCCAUCAGCGCCCACCAAAGAAACUCUCCGUCUUCAUCGGUGUUGUGAUACCUACCUUGCUGUCAAUGUUCAGCGUGGUAGUGUUUCUCAGAAUAGGAUUCAUGGUGGGCCAUUCCGGACUGUACCAAGCCAUUGCAAUGCUCCUGGUGGCCUACUUCAUCAUCUGCAUGACCGUGUUGUCAGUGUGUGCCAUCUCCACCAAUGGAGCCCUGGAUGCCGGGGGCGCCUAUUAUAUGAUCAGCAGAGCGUUGGGUCCAGAGUUUGGCGGCAGUAUCGGCCUCAUGUUCUUCCUGGCCAACGUGUGCGGCAGCGCUCUCUUCGUGCUGGGUCUGGUUGAAGCCAUUGUGGCCACCUUCGGAGUGCCAGAAGACGGGUCUGCGAUCACUUAUGCCUACCAGGUCCUACCGUCGGGCUACUGGUGGUCUCUGCUGUACGCCACAGGCAUCUCCCUGCUGUGCCUGCUGGUGUGCCUGGUGGGAGCCGACAUCUACGCCAAAGCCACCUUCCUCAUCUUCCUGGUGGUCAUGUUUGUCCUGGGCACCAUCUUUGUCAGUUUCUUUGCUGUACACCCUCGCACCAUCGUCCUGCCCAUUUCUGCCGCAUUUAACCCGACGGCCAAUGGAACAGGCCCCGGGUUUCCCACCACGGCCAACUUCACUGGCUUCAAGUUGGACACGCUGCUCGGGAACCUGUGGGCUAACUACACUGUGGAUUACACAACAGGAACCACGAUGACUUUUGCCACCGUUUUUGCUGUAAUGUUUAAUGGCUGCACCGGCAUCAUGGCUGGCUCGAACAUUUCAGGUGACCUAAAGAAUCCUAGCUACGCCAUCCCCCGUGGCACCAUCACAGCGGUCAUCUUCACCUUCAUCAUCUACAACCUGCUCAGCGUACUGGUGGCCUGCUCUUGUGACCGUGUCCUGCUUCAGAGGGAUUACAGCUUCCUAAGAGACAUCAACAUCUGGAACCCCUUUGUCACCAUCGGGGUUUAUUCCUCCACUUUCUCCGCUGCCAUGAGCAACCUCAUCGGAGCCUCACGCAUCCUCUACGCCCUGGCCAGGGACGACUUGUUUGGUAAGGUGCUAUCUCCGGCUAAGAAGACGUCCCACAGUGGUAACCCCUGGGCCUCGGUGCUCCUCUCCUGGUUCCUUGUGCAGCUGGUGCUUUUUUCAGGGAAGCUCAACACCAUCGCCAGUAUUGUGACCAUCUUCUUCCUGUUAGUGUAUGCGGCUGUGGACUUGGCCUGCCUUGCUCUGGAAUGGGCAUCUGCACCUAAUUUCAGGCCCACCUUUCGUUACUUCACCUGGCAUACGUGUGCGUUGGGCAUCAUAGGUUGCGCCGUCAUGAUGUUUCUGAUCAACGCCAUCUACGCCUCGGCCAGCAUCGCCUUCAUGUUGCUGCUGCUUCUGCUGAUUCACUACCUCAGUCCCACCUCCAGCUGGGGCUACAUCAGCCAGGCUCUUAUUUUCCACCAGGUGCGUAAGUACCUGCUGAUGCUGGACGUGAGGAAGGACCAUGUUAAGUUCUGGAGGCCUCAGGUCCUGCUGAUGGUUUCCAACCCUCGUAGCAGUGUGGGCCUCAUCAAAUUCAUCAACGACAUCAAGAAGAGUGGCCUCUACGUGUUGGGGCACGUCCAGCUUGGAGAUCUCAACACUCUACCGUCCGACCCUCUGCAGUCCCAGUAUGACUCCUGGUUGUCUCUGGUGGACAAUCUCAACAUCAAAUCUUUUGUCAACUUGACAUUGGCCGACUCUGUGCGUCAUGGUGUCCAACAUCUACUCUUCAUCUCUGGACUAGGUGGGAUGCGUCCUAACACCCUCGUACUUGGUUUCUAUGAUGACUGUCUUCCAAAGGACAAGCUGAUUGAUCCGUCACUCUGUACCAGUCAGCCCAGAGAUCCCUUGGGCUCCUUGGAUGAACUAGAGAAACAGCCCCCUCUCUUUCACUUUGCCUCGCUGCGGGGGUCCAGUGACAGACAAGAUUAUGGUGAAUUUGGGGAUGGAAAGGUUCUAGGACCCCAGGAGUAUGUAGCAAUCAUCGCUGACGCCAUGAAGAUGCUAAAGAAUGUGGUGCUGGCCCGAUACUUCAACAACUUUGACCGAUCCCAGGUCCUCUCGCCGCCCUCCACCUCUCCAGGGAAGGGAGCUGUUUACGUUGACGUCUGGCCGGUCAAUCUCCUGCGCCCGGACAGCUCUAGCUACGUCGAUACCUGCUCUCUGUUCCUGCUACAGCUAGCGUGUAUCCUCAACAUGGUGAGAGCCUGGCGCAAAGCCAAGCUGCGUCUCUUCCUGUGCGUGGAGGAAGGACGGAGCGUGCGAGGCUCAGAGGAGAAGCUGGGCCAGCUGUUGAAAGAGCUGAGAAUUAAAGCUCAGGUCUACUCUGUGCCGUGGGACCAGCAGGUGGCGCUACACUGGCAGCGCCAGGCCGAGUGGGGCAAGAAACAGUUGUCGCAAUCCCCUGACAGCGCUAAAGAAGAGGAGAAGCAGAGACCAGAUGAAGAAGAGGAGAACGACGAAGAUUAUGUUAAUAGCUUCCCGAGCAACGCCACGCGCCUAUCUAAUGACUACCUGUCAGCUGUCAAUAAGCUGAUCCUGGACCCGGCCCGGCCCGCCCCUGCUGUGCGUUUCUUGUACUUACCCCGGCCCCCAGCUGACACCCGCCGCUACGCCACCUAUUUACACCAGCUGGACCUGCUGACUCAGGACCUGGGUCCCACGCUGCUCAUCCACGGUGUCACGCCCGUCAUCACCACUGACCUUUGAACAAUCCCCUUCCUGACACAUGGGAGUGUUCCUUCGAUUGCUGAGGGCUGCUGAGAUUAGCAGAAGGUUCUCUCUGAAAGUGUGUGGACCACUCCUAGUGCAGCAUUACUGUAGACCUCGGUCUGGCCUCUCCACCCAACAACAGACUGGGGAAGAAAAAACAGCCCCUGAAAUGUUGACCCAUGCAGUGAUGUCACUGCUGACUCAUUGAUGCCACCUGCACUGCCUCGCACAAUAUUUGGCACUAUAGCUCUAGAGCCUAUUUUAGAAUAUUGAUAAUGAAUACCGGAUAUUAUACUAGGCCACCUGGUAAUCGCAAAAAUCCUGACUGGCUACAUAUUUAACCUAUCUUUUGUUUCUUUGUUGUUGUUGUCAGCUUGUCGUUUUGGUAUUCCCAUAAAGCUUCUGAAGGCACCCUGCAUUUGAACUAUUAUGUCAACUUUGUUGCAAUUUACACAUAAAACAAUCAGACUGAUUUGAAUGUACCCAAAAGCUAAAGCUAAUCCCUUUCCAGACAGAUUUACAACCGUCCAAACACAAGCCAGUCAAAAGCAGUAUCAAAUGGUCAGGCCCCCAGGGGAACAUUUAGAUUGCCAAUCCUCCUCUGUCAUCACUUAUUUCCUUUUCUGCAAUAGAGAGAGCGGUCUAAUUCCUGAUACAUUCUAAUCUGAAUUUGAAGUAUCCUCUGACUCCCCUUGUUGCUUUUCUUGAAAUGUUUUCUUGGUGUGCUGCUGAUCAAAGUCCUUAAAAUGACCAUUCCAUAUGUCUUGAGAUCAAAAAGUGCCUAGUUAGUUAGGGAGCAAAGGUUUGGACUCACUCCAUCACGGACAGAAAGUUGGACUGCGUUACACCUUGGAGCAGUCAUUUGCAGGAAAUCUGCUUUUCCAUUUUAGGGACUUAGAACAAAGGAAACAGUUAGUACAAUAAUAACGACGGUGCUACUAUAUGAGUUUUAUUCCAAAAGUAAUUUUAUGUGGGAUCUCAGGAAGACAUUACUCUUUUUCCAAAUGCACUUUUGUCUUUCCUCUGCCAAAGUGCAUGUUGCACGUCUCUACAAAACUCCUUAAAAUAUGUUUACAGUGCCAAUAACUACUGUGAUUAUCCACAAUAUUAUAUUGAUUGUUUUUAUGUAUUUUAGGUACUCAGAUUUUUGAAUUGUUUUUAAUCAAUAGUGACCACAUUGCUUCACGUGCCUCAAUGCUGAAGUGCAUUUCCCAAAGUAUUUGUGACAUCUAAAGUGAAUUUACGUCCCCUUUGUUGAACUGACUCAGUAAAAUCUACUGGACAGAAAUAUUUAUCCCAAUAUAAUAACAAGAACAAAACCCCUGAGUGAACUGAAUGGAGAAAGGUACGUAUUACUGCUUAUAAAUUCAACAAAUAGGAUAUACACUUCAAUAUUUCCAUUGCACUCCAUUAUAGACAGAAUACCAGCUGAGAUCAGUUGUUGUCAUUGUUUUUUUAUGUUCUUGCAUAAUUGCAAAAGGGUUCUCUAAUGUUUUCUCAGUUAGUUCUUUAAAAUGAUAUCAGAUUAGUAAACAAUGUGUCUUUGGAACAUUGGAUGAAUGGUUGCUGAUAAUGGGCGAUGUGUGUAUAUAUAUUGCAUUAAAGGUCAGCCACCCACCCAGAUCAGCUGGUAUUACCUAGUCUCACUUAGAGUGCUCAUAUUAUGCUCAUUUUCAGAUUCGUAAUUGUAUUUAGAGGUGGUACCAGAAUAGGUGUGUGUGGUUUAAUUUUUAGAAAACACCAUAAAUUUGUUGUACUGCACAUUGCUGUGUGUUGAGCUCUCUGUUUUAGCUACAGAAUGAAGCAUCUCACUUCUGUACCAUCUUUGUUGAGAGUUGCACAUGUGCAGUAAGUGCUGCUAGCUUGUCAGUUGCAGAGUAUGAGGGUGUGCCACGCUAGCAGCUAGGUGAGCAUUAGAACGCGUGUUAAAACGUGACACAGGUUAGACUACAACAGAGCUGUUUGGAGCAGUUUGAGUUUUCUGUUGGAGAUGGUGAGUCUCUUUGGGGUGGACUUUGGGCCUUUUCACUUUGUAAAUCUAUAAUGUGCACAAAAUAUAUAACACAAUAAAGGAAAGGGAAAGGCCAAAAAGCAUAAUAUGAGCACUUUAAAGGUGCUGUAGGUAGGAUUGCAAAGAUCUAGGACAAAAAAUAAAUAAAAGCCCAAAACGGUCUCCUAAGCUCCUCCCCCCCCCCAUAUGGGAGAACGAAUGAGAGUGUCUGAGCAGUGAUUGACACACAGACCUUAAAGAUCAAUGCAGAUUUGUUGUGAACAUUUUUAAGUUUCUAAAAUCUAGUAGAUUAUUUCAGUAGGUGCAUCCUGGCAAUCUGUGAUCCCUAUUUGAAGGAUUUACUUGGGUUUCCCUGAUACUUGAUAGUACUUGAUAUCCCUGUGUUUGAAAUGAGAUUGUGUUUAUUUGUGGACCAAUAAGAUCCUUCUUAAUUCCAAAGAGGAUUCUUAUUUGGACCCCACACUCCUCACCAAACCACUGACACUACAUUUCUUCCAAUCUUUGUCCUGGGUUUCACAGGGAUGCAAAAAAAAAAAAGACUAAUUUGUUGGAGAGAUGAAAUGUUCAGUGUUUGAUUUCCUGCUAAUAAUAUAUGUGUACUUUUCAAGAUGGAAACUGAUUUGACUGAAAACAAAUAAAAGUUUGUAUUACAUGUC